AUGUCGAACGACUUGGACGCCCGGACUACACGACUGUAUGGAAUCUUCGAAAAUGUCUUACAAGGCAAGCAGUUGGAAAACCAAACCAGCUCCCGAUUCCUCGAGGCUCUAUGCCUUCACACAGAUCCUCCCGCCUGCAUCGAUAGGAUACUUGAGGGCAAUAUCAGGCUUUCCUCCUUGAGAACUGCAUUUCAAUCCAAUACAACGACCUGUUUUCUUAACGGCCUAGCUACAGAUGCCCUCAUUUAUCUCCAGAAUCCAGACAUCAGAAUGGUCAGUUGCGGUCAAUUUCUCACAAAGAUCCUGCUUGUCAUCGUUGAUCCCCCGAUCUUCUGGGACGCCGACAAUGCGUCCCCUUACGUUCCACUUGUGGAAGAGAUGGUCCCCCUCUUCACAUCUUCCCCUCCCCUGUAUAUCCGCACCAUUGCUCAAAAAAUCCGUUGUUUCAUCUCCCUUGCCUCCACCUGUCCCGACUUUCGUCAAAUCGCUAUCCUACCUACUCCUGACGAGAUCGCGUCCAUAGAAGCGCCCUUUCUCCGCCCUAGCUGGGCGCUUGAUGACCCUGGUAUCGAAGAUCAUCGUGAGGCGCUGUAUCUGGACAACCAGUUCAGGUUAAUGCGUGAGGACAUGAUCCAUGAACUGCGGAAAGAACUCCAUAUCGUACUCGAUAAACAGACAGGCCGAAAGCAUCGAGGAGGAAGAAAUUUGCGGUCAGCUUUCGCUGUGAGGAUGGAUGCUCUUCCACAGCUUCGAAAGCUGGACAGUCACUCCCAGCGAAGGGCAUAUCUGAAGAACAACACCCGGCUGUUGAAGUAUCAGUCGUUGACUUGCUUGAUGGUUGGCGAAUCUUUUUCAGCGUUUCCUUGUGUUCGUCGAGACAAGGAGCUACCGGCAAAAAGGCCUCCAGAGAUUGUGUUAGAAUUGGAGGACGAAACGUCAAUCAUCAGUUUACUGUUGAAGAUGAGACCAUCUACUCUGUUCAAGAUAUUACAGAUUGACACCGCUCUCUUUGCUUACGAGCCUGUGCUGAAUACUCUGAAGCGCAUGCAGGCGUUUCCGCUUUCCCGAGAACUCUUAUUCUGGAGAGAGGGUGAUACUAUGGGUAGACCGGACUAUCCCGUUGGUUUGCGCAAAGCCAUCUCCGCACUGGACAAGAGUGUGGGUGAUUUAUGUGACGCUCCUCCAGGCACUGGGAAAUCGUUUAUCGGCGCGCUUCUGGCCAAAGUUAUCCACGAUUCCUCCGAUCUGAAAAUCCUUGUAGUCUGUUACACCAACCAUGCGCUGGAUCAAUUCCUCGAGGAACUCCUUGACAUUGGGAUACCUAUUGAGCAGAUGGUUCGCAUGGGUGGAAAGUACACAUCACAGACAAAGUCUAUGGCCCUUCAACAUCAGCGAAGCCCAACUCGCUUCACUGGCGAUGACCAUUCGGUCAUUAACCAGUGUACAAGUGAAAUUGAACGGCUAUCGAAAAUCUUGGAACGUUCCUUCUUGAAAAAUCUGCAGUCGGAUAUCCCGAUUGAAGACUAG